ACUCUCACUGUCACGUGCGUUUUCGAAUUAAAAAAAAUAUUGGAAAAAAAAUUAUCAAAUCCUUCGAUUUUUAUGGCCCUGGAGCAGUUAAGCUUGGCUGCCACUCCAGACCCAGUUGACGGCCAAACAGACGCCGUCAACGCCGCCACUAACGGCGUCGAAUCCCGUCCAGCGUCUGUUGAUGGCGGUGAUGACGUCAGUAAAGCUCCCAGGCUUCCUCGAUGGACGAGGCAGGAAAUUCUCGUACUCAUACAAGGGAAAAGAGUCGCCGAGAACCGAGUCCGGCGUGGACGGGCCGCGGGCCUGGCUUUCGGUUCGGGACAAGUGGAACCCAAGUGGGCCUCGGUUUCUUCUUACUGUAAGAGGCACGGCGUGAACCGGGGACCGGUGCAGUGUCGGAAAAGGUGGAGCAAUUUGGCGGGUGAUUUUAAGAAGAUCAAGGAAUGGGAAAAUAACAUAAAGGAAGAAACUGAGUCAUUUUGGGUUAUGAGGAACGAUUUAAGGAGGGAGAGGAAGUUGCCGGGGUUCUUCGAUAAAGAAGUUUAUGAUAUUCUCGACGGCGGCGCCACAGGAGUCCCGGGUUCGGCCACGGCUCCCGGUUUGGCUCUGGCUUUAGCUCCAACUCCCGUGGUGCAGGACGUGGCGGAGGAUGUCGAGGCUGUUUUUGAUAGUGGAAGGAGCGCGGCAGCAGAGGAUGGUCUUUUUUCGGACUUUGAGCAGGAUGAUGCUGCUGGGAGCCCGGAAAAGGUAGAGCCGGCGGUAGCAGCUGCUGCUGGAAAGGCGGUUCCAGCUCCUAUGCCUAUUUCAGAGAAGCAGUACCAGCCACAGCCAGCUGUUCGAGGGAAUCAGAGUCAAGGUACAACAAAUGAGAAACCUCCAAAUUCAAGCUCGAAUCCCGAGAUAGGUUCUGCCUCUCUAGAAGCGAGGAAGAGGAAAAGGAUGGGAGUGGAUGGAGAUGAGGAAAUGAGCAGUAUGCAGUAUCACCUGAUCGACGUCUUGGAAAAGAAUGGUAAAAUGCUGGUGGCUCAACUGGAAGCUCAAAACACCAACUUCCAACAGGAUAGGGAGCAACGGAAAGACCAUGCUGAUAACUUAGUUGCUGUUCUUAACAAGCUUGCAGACGCUCUAGGGAGAAUAGCUGAUAAGUUAUAGCUGGGGGCAGUCAGAAUACGUUGUACAUAGACAAGUACUGCUCGAUAGAUGGUAGCUCACGUUUGAAGAAUUUAUGAAUCAAAUCUUGAUCAGGAAGAUACUUUCUUAUAUGCAUUUUUCGUUUUAUUUUUACCCUACAUAUUCUUAUUUACUUUCUACCAUACACCCAUAAAUAAGUUGAGAAUUUUGAGGUCCAUCCAACAUUUUCUACUUCUUUUCUGUUAUACAUCUCUUUCUCCCAGUGAGAUUAUAUGAAUUUUUUCCCUUCUACUAUUAUUGUACAGGCUAUUAUUUAUUUACAGAGCAACAUGAACUAGUCAUAUUACUUUC